AGAAAGCAGAGAGGGAGGUGUGUUCCGUGUUUCUUAGCUGACUCCACAGCGUCGCUUCCCUCAAGAUCCCGCCGGGGGAGGCACCGCCACGGACCAAAAAUGGAAAGCCUAGCGGAUGCUGCUGCUUUUUCCACUAAGCUUAAAAACACUCUCAUCCAGUACCAUAACAUUGAAGAUGAUAAUUGGAGAGUUGCUAAGAAAACGAAAGGUGUAACUGUUUGGAGGAAACCUUCUGAAGAAUUUAGUGGAUAUCUCUAUAAAGCCCAAGGUGUUCUAGAUGACAGUGUCAACAAUAUAAUAGACCACAUACGUCCAGGGCCCUGUCGCUUGGAUUGGGACAGCUUAAUGACUUCCUUGGAUAUUUUGGAGCACUUUGAAGAGAACUGCUGUGUGAUGCGGUACACUACUGCUGGUCAGCUUUGGAAUAUCAUAUCACCAAGAGAAUUCGUUGAUUUCUCCUAUACUGUGGACUAUAAAGAAGGACUUUUAUCUUGUGGGAUAAGCCUGGACUGGAGUGAAAAGAGGUCAGAAUUUGUUCGCGGAUAUAACCAUCCCUGUGGUUGGUUCUGUGUUCCACAGAAAGACAAUACAAGCCAGAGUCUCCUGACGGGCUAUAUCCAGACGGAUCUACGAGGGAUGAUUCCUCAGUCUGCGGUAGACACGGCCAUGGCAAGCACUUUGACAAAUUUCUAUGGUGAUUUACAAAAAGUCUUGCAAAAGGUGGUAUAGGUGCAAGCCUCAGUGCCAGGGUCCCAGAAUCCAUUGUUUCUUCAAUCCAUGUGCGCUGUAAAAAUCACCGGCCUUUUCUCUUUUAGAUAGCCUAUAAAAUAACUAGAGAUUUGAGGGUUUAGCAUUACAAUAUUUUAUUUUAUUCCUAAAGUAAAUCGUUAUCUAAGAGCAUUUUUGUUUUCUUAACAAUUAUUUACACAUUGUUUGCUUAUGGCUGUGUGUCUAGGAGUGAGAGUAUUCUGCAGAAAUCUGCAAAGGAGUAGCUCCAAACUCAAGACACUGAGUGGUGUCUUAGCAUGCAUCGUUUGGUUGCUUGGAUUUUAGAGAAAGCACAAAGAUGAUGCUGUUGGGUUGAAAUCAUCUAUUUUAGGGCUUUGUGCACAUUUCAUAAAAUCAAAAUUUUUCUGAAAUAUAUUGAUUUACUGUUAGUAUGCUCUAUGAGUUUAACAACAGCUUGGACAAACGUUUAAAAAAACCCUUUCUCAAUUUUUCAUAAAGAUGAACUUCAUUGUUUGAAGAAUGCGACAAGAAUAAUCCAAGGGCAAUUCAGUUUUGAUAGCUUUCUUUUGUGGACAUCAUUAUAUACAUGGUUGUGUCUUUAUGCCAUUGAUUUUGUGAUUAUAAGCAUUUUUAAUUAUAAACAUAAUUAUAAGCAUAAAUAUGGUAGAACAAAACCUGUAGUACUAAAUUUUAAUGCAGUUUUUUUCCAUGAACUUUCUGAAGCCCUCUUCAUGUGUGCCUCAGGACAUACUGAAUUGAGCAGUGAAAGUCUCCAUUGUGUAAAAUGUUUGUUGCUUUCUUAAAAUCACCAAUGGAGCAUAAUCUCUCUUGGAAGUCAAAUUCAAUGAGUGUUUUACAUAAACUUCCAUUAAAAACAAAACAAAACAUUAAAUCAUUACAAAGUAGGUCACAUAUUCAGAGUUAUGAAGACGUUUGGUCUGGAAAAAUAAUAAAGACAUUCUUAGAUUUAUCCAAAUGUGUAAAUAAGUCAUUUUAUAAUGACUUAACUGGACUAUAUAAGUUCCUUGAAUCUGACUGUCUUAAAUGAAGAUUCCUAAAUGAUUUGUCAAAUUCUUUGAAAUUUGAGCUGUUCACUUAGUUUAUUUCUAAAAUGAGAACCUGAGGUAAUUCAGCGGGCCUAUGCACAACUUUAUAUGUAUGUGUUCUAUACAGGCACGCAUCUUAAAAUCCAUUUCAGUGUUCAGUCAACUCUUUAUAUGUGAUGCUAUGUUGUUGGCACUAUGUCCUAUUCUUUUGGCUAAAAUGGGAUGAAGUGAGUGCUGGGAAACCAGAUAAGCCACACAGAGCACAGACGUAGAUAGUGACUCCAGUGCAGGCAGGUGUGAUCUCUGUAUGCGAGUACUGUAUUGCCCUAAGUGCAAAGAAGACUAUAGCUUUUCAGACUAAUUUUUAUAAAGUAGGCAAAAUGAGCUGCUUUUCUUUCUUUCUUUUUGCUACUGGGAGUAAUGGUAUUUAAAACAAAAACAGCAUAAAAGAUGGCACCACUGCAAAGUUUGCAGUGAGUAAGCUCACAGUUUUAAGUUACAAAAUACAUUCUUUCAUGAUCUGACAGGGAUAAAACACAAAUGAUCUUGUGUGCUUAAUAUGGUUACUAACCUCUAAUGGCAUUUUUAAACUGAAGGAUUUUUUAGUUGGUGAUAUUUCUUUGGUUCAGCAUCAGGAAAAGAAAACUCAGCAGUUUAGUUUUGUUUCCCAUGGAAAUGGUUGAAUAAGACUGCAUUUAUUUUUCUUCAUUUGUUUUUCUUCAUUAUAUUCUAGUACUCUGUCAAGGAUGCUGAGAUAACAGCAGGUGUUCAGUUAUAUAAUAAUGCUCAGCUUGGGUACGAGAUUUGUGACAAGAUUGUAUAUCAAUACAAUUAUGUACAUUGUCCAUAAGGGCUAUUGCUGCUUGAGCUGAGUCCCUCCCAAGGCAAAUCAGUUGCCCACUCUCAUGUCUAGUAUCCCUUUAUUUUUUAUCAAUUUAUACUUCCCGUAAGUAAUUACAUAAUGCUCUAUUGAAUGUUGAGCUAUUGCAGGUGAAAGGACACUUACUGGUAAAAUUUCAUUGUAAUAGAAAACUCUACGAUAGUUUGAAAGAUUAUAGUUAAAUUAUCUGAAAUUGUAUGUGUACGUUCUGCUUGGCACUUUAGAUCUGCUGGCUCUAGCUCUGAAUUUUUUAAAACAGCUUUAUUGAGUUAUAACUUAUGUACCUUAACAUUUGUCUGUGUUAAAUGUAUAAUUCAGAGGUUUACAGUCUAGAGUUUUGCAGCCAUCUCUACAACCCAGUGUGGGAACAUAUCCACACCCCAAAAGAGCCCCGUAUCUGUUUGCAGAUUCAUAGCUAACCAAAGUCCAACACACUCGUUAGUAUCUAGAAGAUGAUAGAAAGAACUAUUAGAUGAUUAUUAUCUCCAAUAUAAUGUGAAUAUAUAGUUGACUUUGUUUUCAAGAGUAGUGUUCUUUUUCCUAAGCUCAGGAACUUUUUUUUGUGGUGAUGUGUUAAAUAUUACUACAAAUCUGUUGCUUCUACAACAGUGCUAUUGGGUAGAAAAAUGAGAGCCAUAUAUGUAAUUUAAGAUUUUCUAGCAGCCACAUAAAAGAAUAAAAGAAACAGAUGAUGUUAAAUUUAGUAACAUAUUUUAUUCAACUUAGUAUAUCCAAAUAUUAUCAUUCCCAUAUAUAAUCAAUAUAAAGUUAUUGAGAUAAUUGACCAUUCUUUUUUUUCCUGAUUCUUGGUAUCGUAGUCUAUAUUUUACCAAUCUAGGCUAGCCACAGUUGAAGGGUUCAGUUAGCCACCUGAGGCCUAUAGCUAAUUGUAUGGAACAGCACCAGAGUCUGUAGUAAAUAUAACAACUUGUUUUACCUUCAUAAGAAGGAGAAAGUUUUACAACAUUACUGUCUUGAACAGAAAUAUUUUCUGGUUCUUAAAUUCUUUUAAAAAGUUGUGCUAAAUAGACCCUUUGAACUUUAGAAGUCAGUUGGUUAAUAGUUGUCAAAAAAUAAAAAAUAAAACAAAAUUAUAAACCCCCAACUAUUUCCCUUUAGCCAUGUUUGCUAGGACUUUUGAUAAAGGGAAAAAGGAUAUAACUUGGUUGUGUGGUUGAUAACUUCCUAUGCUUAUAGCUAAUUUGUAUUAGAAAAAGUGUAAGUAGGAAUGUUGGGUGCAGUACUGUUUCCAGUACAUAGACUCCACCCACCCCCCCUUUUUAAGGGAAAAUUGGUUUUAUUCAAGAAAAAAGUGACACUUUUGCACAAAAUAUUCUUAUUAGUGUUUGGUUAUCUUCUUGUUAGUUCUUGAAGUUUGACACAAUACACACUAAUAAUUAUGAGAAUUAAGUGUUCUGCAGUUAUUCAUAAUAAAAACAGCUAGAGUAUUAGAUUAUAAUCAUUAAAAAUCUUUUCAUUGUUCAUUGAGACCAGACAUCUCUGAAAUUGCAGGUAUCUUAUGUGUGAAGUUGUCUCCCUGUUAAAAAAAUGUUUUUCCCUUUGUCCUUCCUCUCUCUUUCCUAACUAAAGGACAUUUUAUGAGCACUCAGGUUGAUUUAAUUUGCAUCAAAAACUAGGAACUCUGAGUUACAAUUAAGGUUGCCGCUGGAGAAAAUAGGAAAACAUUGCACAGUUUAAGCCCCUAAUUAUUCAGUUUUCAGAUAUGAAUCAUUUGUUUUGAUAAAAGUUUUACCUAUUUACUCAAAAGCAUCCUUGGAAAUGAGUGGUUAAAAAUAUUUCUUUUUAUUAAAUGAAUACUAUAGCGAUCACAAAAUGAUUGAUAAAUGAGCUCACUCCAGAGAAGUAAGUGACCUGACCAGUUUCCCUUUAGAAUGUGUCUCGUGAUUGUCCAGUGUGUCUCUCGUGCCUCUCUUACUCAGCUUCUAGAAGGGUGGGACCUGAGCAUAAAAGAAACUGUCCUAAAGCACAGAAAGUUGGAAUUAUAAUUUUUCAUUCAUUUGUUGUUUCCAAAGAUUUUACAUAUGUGCUGUGUAUCUUGUAAUUCGACAAAAGCUAUAAGAUGUAUAGAUUUUUAUUUUUAAGAAGUUUAUAAUUGUUUUAUGAGCCACUAUGUAAAAUUAGAAUAUUUAAUAAACUACUGCAACUUUAUUUUGAAUUGCUUUGAAAUAUAUCACAAUAAAAAUUUCUAGCCAUUCUUA